AAAGUGUGCAGGGAGAGAGAGUGCCGGACCUAGAGGAGAGAAUAGGCGGGGAGAGGAGAGAAGCAAGGGAGGAAGAGAGAAUGGAGGAGCUGGGCAGAGAAUUGAGGAAUUUGAAGUGGGAAAUGACAAGGAGACUGAGGGAAGUCGGAGAGAGACUGAGAGGAUUGGAAGAGAGGUUAGAGGCGCUGGAAGGAGAAGACAUGAGAAGGGAAGAAGAGGUAGCAGGUGAGAGGGAAGAGCUGAGGAGUAUGAGGGAAGCGAGAGGAAGAGGCAACAGAGAAGAGGAAGCGCAGAGGGACAACGACGAGGAGGGAGAGAUGGAGAAGAGGAGAAUCGGACGGGACGACGGGAGAGAGGGAAGGAGUGGGAAAAGAGAACAGGUGGUUGGAGAGAAGAGGGAGGAGAGGAUGGGGGAAGGCGAAAACAAGAGGAGAAGAGAACGGAGGGAAGAGGAGAAGAAGGGGCGGAAGGACGGAGUCGAGGAGAGCUGGUGGCAGGAGACGAGAGGAGAGGAGAAGGAGAGGAGAGGGGGCGAGGAGAGAGACGAGGAUGAAGGAAGAGGACAAGAGAGGAGCAGAACAAAGGAAGGACAGGAAGUAGGAACUGGCAAGGAGGAGAGGAAGGAUGCAGAGAGAGAGGAGAAGGAAGAUGGGGAGAGAGAUGGGAAGGGGAUAGAGGCAUGGAAAAGGGCGGAAAGGGAGAGAAGAGUAAGGGAGGUGAGAAGAAGAAACAUAGUGUGGAGGGGUGUGGAGGGGGAGGGGGCAAUAGAAAGAAAGGCGAUAAUAGAGGGGAUUAUGAAGAGAGAAGCGGGAAGGAAAGUAGAUUUAGGGGUAGUAUCAGAAAGAGUGGGGGAAAGGGGGACGAUAGUGGUGAUAACAGAGGUGGUGAGAGAAGAGGAUAGAGACUGGUUGUUAGAGAGGAGGGCGGAGAUAAGGAGUCGCUGGGAUGUAAGGUUAGAUGAGGAUUUAUCGAUGGAGGAGAGGAAAAUCAGAUGGAGGAUGUUAGAAAGGGCAAAAGAGGAGAGAAAUAAGGGAAAGAAAGUAUAUGUGGGGAAUAGAAGCAUGUGGGUGGACGGGAGAGAAUGGGUGUGGAAUAAAAGGAAAGAAGAGUGGGAAAUAGGCGAGGGGGAAGGAAAGGAGGAAGGGAAUUAAAGGGGAGAGGAGCUGGUGGAGUUAAUUGAUAUCUUAUGUUUUUUGUUUUAUGUUACUAGGAGGUGACAGAGGAGAAAUGGAAAGAGACGUGGAAGGGGAAGAGAGUGGUGAGAAA